CGACAGAGAUAGAAAGAGAAAAAAGUGGCGUCGGAAUGAGUUGAGUAUCGGAACGGGAGCAGCCCCACAGCCCCAAAGCCCCACAACUAGUCGCUUGUAGUUCUCAAAAGCGCGCGUCGUCAGUUCCGCAGUUCUCUUCCGCCAGUGCGUACGCGUGCGAGUGUGUGUGUGUGCGGCCAUACCUCCAAAUUCUUGCCGAUCACUUUAAUCGGAUCAUAUCGGUUUGGAUUGGACUGCAUUUCUGCUGCCGGUCUCGGGACUCAUCAUAUCGCCAGCCUGCGUUUAAUUGAACAAAAUUCUGGACUGAUUCCAUUUGUAAGCAUCACAAGAACCACCUAUAACGGCAAGAUGGCAAUUCUACUGCAAGAUGCCCAGGAGUGGUACCGGGACCUAAUGGACACCAAAAGUGAUCCACGCGUGAACGAUUUCUUUCUGCUAUCCUCGCCGCUGCCUACACUGGGCAUGUGCAUAUUCUAUGCCUACUUCAGCAAAUCUCUGGGACCCAGGCUGAUGGCCAAACGCAAACCAAUGGAACUCCGUUCGGUGCUAGUCGUUUACAAUGCGAUACAGACAAUAUUUAGUGCGUGGAUUUUCUAUGAGUACUUAAUGAGUGGCUGGUGGGGCCAUUACAGUUUCAAAUGCCAGCCCGUGGACUACAGCAAUAGCCCCAUGGCCAUGCGAAUGGUCAACAUUUGCUGGUGGUACUACAUAUCAAAAUUCACCGAGUUCUUUGACACGCUCUUCUUCAUUCUGCGCAAGAAGAACGAGCACGUUUCCACACUUCACGUCAUUCACCAUGGCUGCAUGCCCUUUUCCGUUUGGAUGGGUCUAAAGUUUGCCCCAGGUGGUCACAGCACCUUCUUCGCUCUUCUGAACUCGUUCGUUCACAUCGUGAUGUACUUCUACUAUAUGAUCGCUGCCAUGGGUCCAAGGUAUCAGAAGUUCAUCUGGUGGAAGAAGUACCUGACCACCUUCCAGAUGGUUCAAUUUGUGGCCAUCUUUACGCACCAAUUCCAGCUGUUGUUCCGCGAUUGCGACUACCCCAAGGGAUUCAUGGUCUGGAUCGGGCUGCAUGGCGUCAUGUUCCUCUUCCUGUUCUCCGACUUCUACAAAGCCAAAUAUCUUAAUGCUGCUCGGCGACGCCGUCAAGCGGUGAAGGCAAAUGGCCAUAGCAAUGGGCUGCAUGCCAACGGAGGCCUCUCCAAGCACUCUGGCGAGGGCGAUGCACUGCUCUCCAACGGCAGCAAUAAGGGUGCUUGCAUGCCCGUCAUCGACGACGAGUACGUGAAUAGCAACGGUCAUGCCAAUGGCGGCUUCUUCAAGGAUGGCGUGCUAUCCACCAACGAUGCGAUCUUGAACCCGGACAGCAGUAGCUCUAGUCUGCACCAGCGCAAAGUCAAAUAACUACUACUUAGGUGUACUACGAUGAUAUUCAUUAUGUUUAUGUUAAGUGUUUAGCGUGUAACAGAACCAGAUUGAAGAACAAGACCAGCAAGAAACUUGGCAGCAAUAGCGGAUCCAGUAUGACAAUUGAUUGGCAGCAUACAGCAAGGCAAAAUCAGGCAAAGAACUCAGUUUAUGAAUUGUUCUUUUAAUACUUUAUAUUAUAAAUACGUAUAAUACGAAAAUUUA